GAGAUUGCUUCGUUUUCAACUUGAAGAGAACAGUGUGUGUGAAUUCUAUGACCCUAAUGGAUAAGAAUAAGUGAAAUAUCUUAAUGCUCCCAGACGGUGCAGCCUGGAAUGUAAACAGCUGGCAGAGUUGUGUAUAAAUAAUAGCGCGUUCUGGAUGUGGAUGUUGAAUGUGUUUAAUUGCACAGUUCUUGAAAGUGAAAUACAAUGUUUACUGCAAUGGGAAGCACGUAGGUUGAUCGGGCAGAGAUUUUAUUAAGAGUAAAGUUUUCACGACGCCGAGUCAGGUCUCUUAUUAAUUGAAGUUAUUAUUUAAGUACGCGCCUUUUUAAUUACAAACAAACUAUUUUGACCAUCUUAAAGUAAGAUCGUGUUUGAGGACUAUUAAGGUUGUUUUCUACGUUGGAUUUAUACCGCUUACCAUAUGGCAUUGGACUUUCAAUUCGGUUAGAUUUAAUGGAAGUUUAAUUAUUGGACACAUGGGUAUGGUAACAAUAAAAUGAUGGAAAUAUAUGUAUAGCGCCUGUGCUUUUAUUUCGUAAGAUUUGGAGAGAUUACAAUCUUAUAUUGGCUGACAGUUAUUUUUUAUUAUGUCUUGUAUGAUUAAAUAAUGACGUUGAGACCGGACAUCGGUAUCUGUAGUGUUGUAAAUCAUUUCAUAAAGAAAUGUAUAAAAGUGGUAAACACUGGAGUGGUUAAGAGUCUAUGCUUUGCUUUUGUUAAAGACUAGUGAUAACGUAUGAAAGUGCAGAAGAUAAGAAAACCGACGAUUUGUUCUUGUGUGAUGCAGAACAUGUAUAGGCAUUUAAGCCCAAAACGUAUUUUGUUUAUUCUUUAUCACAAUAAUUGACGAAUGACAAACGACUAAAUUUGAUUCAAAAAUGGCGAUUCUGGUUAAACUAAUCGUUUUACAUCUGUCAGCAAGCGUAUUCUUUCAUAACUCGGCUUAUGCCAAAUGUCAUUUUGACGCGUGCUCUAUAAUACUCCACUCUUGUAAAGCUAAUCAAGAGUGCGUAACUAUGGAUGACUGUUCAAUAAUGUGCAUUUGUCCAUCAGGACAAUGCGAUAAUGUGACGUCAACAAACUUCAUAACUUCAACACAACCCACUGAGGCGAACGUAACGUCAACCUCAAUAUCCGGGAGAAAUUGCUCGUGCGUGCACGGUACGUGUGUGAAUAACGCCACUUCUCCAUGUUUCUGUAACGAAAGUUGGUUCGGUAACACAUGUAAUGUAUCGUGCAAGCAACUUUGUGGCGAACGUAUGUUAUGUAUUGGUGUCAUUGAAAACAUUCAAUGCAUACCAGAUGGUGUUAAUGAUAACCCUGUGCCCAAGAACCUUUCAAAUGCCGACGUAUGUAGUCCGACCUACGUCAAACGACCAGAUUCGGAAAGAAGCUGCAGUUUGAUUCAAUUGAGUUGUGAAUUCGGAGUAUGCAUUGAAAUUAUGAAUACUAUGUUCUGCAAAUGUGACCUUGGGGCUACCGGUCAGUUGUGCGACCAGAGAUGCUGUAGGAACUGCGGUGCGCAUGGCUCUUGUGGUAUCGUGCCUCGACCUAGAACAGAAAUGUGCAACUGCGAAAAGAACUAUACGGGCGCGUUUUGUGAAAUCCCUUUCCAUGUGCCUAACAAUUCGUGCAACUGUAUUCAAGGGUCAUGUAACGAUGCGAGAACGUGCCUUUGUAACAAAGGAUGGACGGGAGCCACGUGCAACAUAUCUUGAACGGAUCAUUGCGGUCGAGGUAGCAAUUGUACAGAAGAUUUUAGCAAAGUAGUCUGCAUCCCAACCGGAAAAGAGACCACAAGCCAGAGUCAGACCACCAUUACCCCGCGUCAGAACGCCUGCAGCUCCGACUACGUCCUUCGACCAGUACAAGAACGGGAAUGCAUGGGUUAUUUCAAUUGUACGUACGGGACCUGUGUUAUCCAAGAACACUCUUUCUUUUGUCAAUGUGAUAUCGGUGUAUCGCCCGGUCAGCUAUGUGAGCACAAAUGUUGCAAGAACUGUGAAAACAACGGGAAGUGCUACUACCACCCGGUGCUGAAAGAGAUGUGUAAUUGUGAUAAAAACUAUACAGGGAAACUGUGUGAGAUAUACGAUCCGCAAGUGAAGUACAUAGAACCGGAGAAGGUGAAGUGGUGGUUCUAUCUGCUUGUCAUACUGAUUCCAAUCCUUGUGAUGACGCUGCUUACGUCACUGUUCCUUAUGUAUCUAUGGAAACGGCGCGUCAUUGUUGUUCUGAAAGCUGUCAGGUUGUUUCAAGCGUACGAAGAUGACGACGAACGGCAAUGGGACGCUUUCAUCUCGUACCGUUCCAAUACCCCGGAUGAAGAUUACGUCAUCCAUACGUUAUUCCCAAAACUCACCCGAGAAAUGGGUUUCAACGUGAACGUUCAUUAUAAAGAUUUUAUUCCGGGAAAUGAGAUCACCAACAACAUCAUCUACGCCGUGGAGAACAGUCGUCGCACGAUCCUGGUCGUCUCCCCUCACUACCUCACGAGUAACUUCACCAAGAUGGAGUGGCAGUUGGCACAGCAGAAGAUGCUCGAGCGCAAGAACAAGAUAAUCCCCAUUCUUCUGGAAGAUAUAUCGCCGCACAAAGACACCAUAGACCCCAACUUGAAAAGUAUUCUAGACUCUGUUACAUACAUUGAAUGGCCGGGAGACCAGUCUAAAAAGAUCGAUAAAUUUUGGCAACGAUUAAACCUGUCAAUGCCAAAAAAGAAGAAACAGCCCUCUUCUCACAUGAACAGUUCUUUUCAAAAUGGUAGACUCAGUCAGCCUACAAAUUCGACCAAUCAGAAUUCAGACUCUUUUAACAAGUCAUUUGAACUUGAAUCAAUGAAACCAAUGUAUGCAAGUAGUGUUUCAGAAAGUUCAGAAGUGUAUAACCAUGUGAAUGAGGAUGAGAUGUUGGCUCCUGAUGAAAUUUACAACAUAAUUAACGAAGGGGCCAUAGAUCUGGACUUUAAACAUGUUACUGGCGAACAAACGCGGACCGAGAUUAACAAUGACAGAAAUGCUGGCAAUAGACCGAAAGCAAUGCUUAAUGUCUCAAAAAGAAUUGAGAACGAUUACGUCUUCAAAAUCGAUGUUUGAGCAUUGCCUUAUAUUUCCUUUUAUGGUAAUAUUAAGGUCUUAAUCAUGUAGCUUAGAAGUAAUCACGUAAGCAAAUAUUGUUAAACAUAUUAUGACUCUAUGAUUAGUUGUAGUAAAGUUAUCAUUAUCUAAUCUUAUGUUCGGUAAGGCUGCAAUACACUCUUUUACUGCAGAAACGUCGUUGUGUUUAAAUAAUGGUAUGCCGUAUGUGAUACAAAAAGCGGAUGUCAUUCCAUUAAAAUAAAAUAUUAGAAUCUCACAAUUUAUAUAUUGCAAAAUGAGAUCAAUGCCAUUCGAGUAUGACAUUAGCUAGAAAAUUAAAUUCAUUCAUUUUAAUUAUAACAUUUAAACGAAUACAUUACACUUUAUUAUGAUAUAUAGUGAUAUGAUAUUACCACAUCGUACACAAAAAGUUAAAUUAUAAUAAUUCAUUUAUUUUGUAUACCAAACAUUUAACAGAAAAACAUUUAUUUACAUAUGUCUUAAUAAUGAGACAAACUUAUUUAUGUUCGCAUAUGUUUAUUGUUUAUAAACACGUAUAUGUGUAAGAAUUAAUUUGUGUUCUGUAUAUACCUGUGUUUUACUUUAUAUGUCGCAUAUGAUUUUUGUUAGAUACAUUUAUACAUGUAAGUAUCGCUACUCAAUAGUCUUGAAGUUUAUACAUUAUACUUCAAUUUAAUAAAUGUAAAAGUAUCCGGAUCAUACUUUUAUUUAUUGGCUGAAUUUUUGCAAAAUAUGUAGAUGAUACGCACAUAGUUACUGUCAAUGCAAUUAUCAAUUAGUAAUUUCUUGCUGUGUUAAAUUUGAUAAAAUGUUAGAAUGUCGAUUUUAACACAACGUCGCUUGAUUGCUAUAGUGCUCUAACAACCAAUUUCAUUUUUUUGGAGGAAAACGCAUUUAAAGGUUUAAUCUUUAUUUUCUCUCUUAUUUGUGCACGUAUGUGGACAAAAAUAUACCGGAGUGUUUAUCAGCAAACGACGACUAUGAAUUUAAUUAAAUAUUUACUUUAGUAAAUUAUAUGUUAAUGCUUUUUGCAAUUUUAUGUAUGGAGAUAGAGCAUUCUGCUAUUUUUUUUAUAUAAAAAUCGUUAAUUACUUUGCUCUAAGUACCGGAGAUGGUGCAGUACAGCAUUCACCCGUUUGUAAAAAUGUGGGAAAUGGAGCAAAAUAGAAUCGAAAAACUUCUUCUGUAUUCUAUACAAAAUGUAGGAGAUAGAGCAAAAUGGAAUCGAACAACUUCUUCUGUGACGACUGAAUCUUGAAUCCGAUUACGUCAUAUUAAAGAUCUCGUUCUCACGAACACAGCAAUAUAAAAAACUCAUUUUUGAAAAUAGGGAGAUAGAGCACUACAGCAAUAAAGCGACGACAAGUAACAAUAAAUACGAUUGAACCGCAACUUAUAUAUAAUACUGUACCAAAUUACAGUUUGUAUAAUAAUUCACUAAACGUAUAUGUUAAAAUGAACGUUGAAAAGUGUUUAAUAGGUGAUGCAGUAACAGGCGAAUAUAAUAGCAAUUAAAAGAUUCGGAGUCAUACGUUUGAAUGCCUUAAGGGGUUGUUUAAACAAAAGCAGAAUGUAUACAAUUGCCAUUGCUUCAUCUUGUACACGCUGAACUUGCUCCUAUAUUUAUAACACGAUUAGUUAAUAUAAGUUAUUAUUAAAAAUAAUGUUUUUAUUGCUGUCAGUAUCCUCCGUGCCAGAAGUACUACUCUUUAUUUCUCUCAUUUCUUUGAUUUUCGACAUUAUCUCCAUUAGUUAAUAUAAAUUGUGUGAUGGCAAAAUUAUUGUCAUAGCCAUAUCAAUAUUUUGUUGGGAUAGUCAUUGAAUGUAUAGGUAAUACUCGUUUAAUAUAUACUCACGUCAUAUUUGUUUUUGUCAAAGUCGUAUACUUUUUAAACAUUUUAAUAAUGUUAGCUUACGCUGUGUUUAUUCAUCUUAGUUAUUGACAAUAGUCCAGCAGUGUUAUUCUUAACCUUAAUUUGGACUUUCAGAAAUAAUAAAAAAAUACAUCUUUAAUGUGUUAUAAUCUCAAACCGUCUUAGGUUUAAUAUAAGAAACUUAUAUUUACAGUUUUCAAUAUUUGUAAUUAAAUUAAAAACUUGAAUAUCUAUUAUACGAUAUUGGGUGUAAUUAAUAUGAAUACGAAAUAUACGUAUUUUACAAAGCAGUUUUAUGAAUAAAUUCUUGUAGGUGACUAUUGAUAAUAGAGCUAUUUCCAUUCUAAACACAUUUUAACAUUUUCCUCAUCAUUGUUGUGUCUGUAUUUAAAGACUCUUUGUACACCUGGAGACUUUUCUAACGCAACACUUUUAAACUUGAAUACCUCAAUUAUGCGUUAAGACUUUGAUUUAAAAUUGUAAAUGCGACCAUUUGAUUACAUUUUGAGCAAGCUCACGAUAAAUCAUUCCUCCGUGACAAUUGAAGGCUUUAGCACGUUGGGUAUGUAUAGUUUCGUAUUUUUGCACUUGGAAAUGGUCGGACGCAAUAUUAUUCUAAAUUUAAUUUAAUUUCAUCAUUUUAGGUUGGUUUUCACCCUAGGAAAAUGUAAGACACAUACGAAUAUUCAGAAGCUCAACCGAGCAUUUUGGCAAAUGGCAUGCUACCCACUACACGUGCUAAAGCGUGCGAUCUUUAAGGAUGAAUGAUUUUAUCGUAAGCUUGCACCGAAUGUAGUAAGAUAACCAAAUCUUCAAUUUUGAAUGAAAUCGAUAUUCAAAUUUGAAAAGUGUUGCGUUAGCAAAGUCGGCAGUACACUCGCAGGUAACCUUCAAUUUGCUUAAAAGGCGCGGUUGCACUCCGAAAUAUUCAUAUGAGCAAUACAUUUUUAAAAAAAACUACUUUUAUGUUAUCCUGAUGUUAGACCUUAAAUGAUAAAAAUUGAAAUACAAUUAGAAUAAUA